CGAGCCGCCGCGCGACAUGCGCCAGACGCAAAACGACGCCCGCCUUUGGUGACCGCUAGGCUAUGGGCUAUCACUUGUGGACGCGACUGACCCUGUGGACGUACGUGUGUUCUGUUUGUGCGACCCUUUCGUCUCCACCACCUCCGGGAGGGCCCGUUGAGGAUCUCGGUUUGGACCACUUUCCCGACGUCAAGAAGAUCAACGUUAGUCAGGAGGAGUACACGCGUAUGAUGACCCUGUACUUGGACCGGUUACGGUCUCGCAUCGUCCAGACCGAACUACCCAAACUACUCACCUUUAAGUCAGAGCGUAAAUCUUGGAGAAGAAGUCGAUCGGGAAGAAUAUUCUUUCCUAUAAAAGCCGACCAAGGGGUCGACGUCGAAAGUUCCGAGCUAAAAAUGUUAGCACCUCCAGUUCCCGAUACGGAUUUAAUCCACGUGAGGAUUUACCAAAUUUUAAGUACUAGAAGGCGAAGACUUGUCGGGGAAAAUGUUUUUUAUCCUUCAAAUAAAGACGCAAAGUGGUUUGAUAUAGACGUGACGUCAUCGACGAGAUCCUGGUUGAACGGGGACAGAAAUUUGGGUUUAGAAGUGGAAUGUGUGGAAUGUUCAAGAGGAUUGAAACCAUUAGAAACAUCCUUGAAUGUUUUAGUUGUAUCAAAAGAAGUAAGAAGAAAAAGAAGUCUUCAACAAUCGGGAAGGGAAAGAACCGAUUGUCGAUCGAACGACUCAAAAAAGAAAUGUUGCAGACAUCGAUAUACUGUUACAUUUAAAGAUUUGAAUAUGGUCGAGAUGAAUUCGAUCAUACAACCAAAAUCGUACGAGGCGAGUUAUUGCAGGGGAAGGUGUCCUGUCAAUUAUAACCACGCCACGAAUCAUUCGCGCAUCCAGAGCAUUAUUCACAAGGUGAAUAAGACUGUGCCGAAAGUAUGUUGUGCACCGUCAAAAUUGGAACCGCUGGAGAUCCUCAGGGUGGAUCCUUACGACGCGACCAAGUUGUAUUUCGAGAAAUGGGACAAUAUGAAGGUGCUUGAGUGCGCGUGUUCUUAAACCGGCUAUCCGGAGACUUAUUUUGCCAAAGAAUAGUAAGAUUACGGGUGAACUAUAGCAUUUUUGACACGAGAAUCGAUCGUUUUCCUCUACGUUCGUAAUUUGUUGCUGUGAUAUUCGUAUUAUUUUUUCUCUCUCUCUCUUUCUCUCUCUCUCUCUCUCUCGGCACGACGAUGUUAUAUUGUAUUGUAUAUUUUGGUAACGCUGUCAUCGAAUGAAAGUAUUAUUUUAAAUAUAUUCGCGUAUAUUUUU